CGAGCUCCGGCGCGGCGAGUCGUCUUGAAUUUUGUCGGCGGAGCGUCGGCGAGCUGUGCUCAGGAGCGGGAACAGGUGGAAAAGGAAGAUCGAGCGUGUCCCUGGUGAAGAAACGAAGAUGCAAUGUCCGGUGGCGCGCGCAGCUUCUUUCACUUCUACAAACUGGCACCACGUUCCAUUCUUAUGUCAGAAGGUCUCCGAUACAAGGCAAUAGCCGGACUGGCCAUCAUCGGUUCGGCCGUGGUUCAGCCGUGAUCCAACGUGCGCGUUGUGCCAAUUUUUUCGGCUGAUCCAGGGAUUUUCGGUGACCGGCGGGGAUAUCCCCUUCGUCGUUUCCAUUUCCCGGUCCUCGGAGAACCCGAGAGAAUUCGGAGGACGAAUCUUGGUGCGUCUCCAGGAGAGAAGGGGCCAUCGUUUCGGAGGAUCAUCGAACUCGACUUGCUCGACGAUGCCACGUAGAUUUUGACAGUCCGCGGUCCACCGUUACUGCCCGCAACAGGAACCGUUCGUAAACAGCUGUCUACCAUCAAGAAAAUAAUUCAAUGUCCCGGGAGGGCAGGAAGGACGAUGACGGGAUGCUGUGUUCGGGAGACAGUGCUGCUUAUCCUCAGCGUGUCGGUCUCUAUUGCGACCGGGAACGCAGCCGGAGAGCGUACCUUGACGAACGAUGAUAGGAGACGCCUCUUCGAGGCGGAGAAUUUCGUCUAUUCCUGGACAGGACCGAAUGCUCUGGCGAGAUCUGCCCUGGUAGAACGGCAGGAGAGAUUGCAAUACAACUGCGAGGAGAUCCUCAACGAUUUGGGCACGGUCGACGAAGUCUCGGAACCGGAAUCCUUCAGGAAUAUAUUGGUGGACGAGCAGCACGAUCUUCUUUACUGCUACGUUCCUAAGGUUGCCUGCACGAACUGGAAACGGGUUUUGAUGGUUGCCACCGGGAAAUGGCCAGGUAACGAUCCCCUGGAGAUACCUGCCGAUCAAGCACACUCGCAGGGCACUUUCCAAAGGCUGAGCAACUACACGCUGCCCGAGAUCGAACGAAUGCUAGCAACUUACGACAAGCUGAUAGUGGUACGGCAUCCGUUGGAAAGGCUUCUGUCCGCCUACAGGAACAAAUUGGAGGCGAAACACGAGAAGAGCUCGAUGUACUUUCAGUCUCGCUUCGGGAAGAAGAUCGUCAAGAGAUACAGGCAAAACGCUACCGAGCAGUCGCUGAAGAACGGCGACGACGUCACAUUCCCGGAGUUCGUCGAGUUCGUCACGGACGAUUCGUCGAACGAGACCCGAAACGAGCAUUGGAACCCGAUUUACGAACUGUGCCAGCCGUGCUUAGUUAAUUACAACCUCGUCAGCAAGUACGAGAGUUUGGUGGAGGAUGCCACCGAGGUUCUGGAACGAAUGGGCGUCGAGUCAGUCAAUUUCCCGGCGAAACCGGUGAACAGCGAGCCAACGUCGAAGAAACUCGAGAAAUAUUACUCGACGCUGACGUACAAACAGCUCCGAAAGCUGGCGGACAUGUACAAACUAGACUUAAAGCUGUUCGACUAUUCGUUGGAGGAGGUGCUCGGAUUUUCGCUGGCAUGACUCCGUUUUCCGUUUAACGAUUGAAUACGCUUCGAGCAACUAAUUAAUGCGAUGGUAAUUCUGCGGAAUCGCGGAGUGCGAGGAAAUAGGUUGUAAGUGUUUACGUGGCGGCGGCAUCUGUUUGUUACGCAAACCCAGUUGAAGAUAAGCGGCCGCGUCCCCGCCUUUUAUUGAAACGGGUCUCUCAUAUCGUACUUGCAGAUAUUAAUUGUCUGUCUCUGAGUCAUUAGAAAACCGUAGGAUAAGGAAAACGCGAGCCCGGCUGUUGGUCGUGCGGUCACAUCUCGUCUCAUGAUCUUGUUUCCCUUCGUCGUUUCCCGGCGUACGCUGCACAUAUUUAAAUUUCGUUCUGCACACUGCGAUUCGAGUUUCGGGGCGAAAAAGGGCUGUUAAUCUUUUCAUGAUCUUAUCUAGAGUAAACGAUGCAUACAAGUAGCUGUACAACGUCGCGCUAGUCUAAUUAAGUAAGUUAAACUGAAACGAAUCGAAGCGAUCGGUGGUGAUCGGUGCUUAGGAAUAGUUAGAAAACGGAACGGUCCUUCCGUUCAACCCCGUAAAAGUGGGUGGGUACAUUUCCAUUUCGUUGAUCGAGAUACAUACUUCUACAGACUCCGCAAGAACUCCGGCUGUUCAAUAUUCAUGCGCACCGAUACAUAUUUAUAAUUUAUGCGACGGACGCCUCGUCGGAUAACUAUGUUAAUCGCGUCGCUGGCCAUAUUCGCGCAACGCGCUGCGCUUACGAACACGUACAAACCUUUGUAAACGUAUUCUCCUAAUAAUCCUUGAUCUGUCUCUCUGCAACGUGCAUCUGUGCGGCUCAAUCGUGUUACCACGUCACUUGUGCCGAGGAUCUCCAUUUCCCGUCGCGUGUAAUCCUGUUUCUGAUCGAAUAAAAAAAAAGACACGUAUUUUGUAUGA